AUGAUUAUAAAUUAAGUUUUUCAUAUCAAAUUUUAUUUUGAAUAAUUUGCAUUAUUAAUUUAUAAAUUAUAAAAAAACAAAAUAUAAUUUCAAAUAAAAAAUACAAAUAUAUUUUUCUGCUUGUUAAUGAGGCUAUCUUUUUAAAGUAAAGAUUAAUUGAUUGAAGAGAAAGAAUUAUAAAAAGUGAUUGAUUUUUCCUGUGUUUUGCUAGAUCAAAAGUAUUAAACUAAUGAUAUUUAGUAUCUUACAUUAACUGAAUGCUUAUUUGUUACUGAUUAUAUAUUUAGUCUUUAUUAAAUUGACAACAAAGAGAAAACAUCUAUUAUAGAACAAAUUAAAGAGUUAACAUUUAUUUUUAAAAAGUUAACAAGAAAUGAUUUUAAAAUUUAUCUAACUAAUGUUUGCUCUGGGUAUAAAAAAAGAGACCAAAAUAUAUAAAUAGAAGAUUUGCUUGAAUAUUUUAAUACUAAAUUAAUUGUCUAUAUUGAAAAUUAUUGGAUUGAAUUAUAAGAUUAAGGCAUACAUUUCAUAACUAAAGAGUAAUGCAAAGAAUUUAUAUGCAGCAUAACAGAAAAAUACAAUGUCUAAUAUUCCUAGGUUGAUGAGCUUGUUCAAAAUGCUUUAAAAGAAAUUCAUAUGUUUGUGUUUUUUGAAGAUUGCAUAUCUAUCUUACUUUAAAUUGCUAAAUAGCUUAAUUUUAAAAAAAAGAAAUUUAAUUCAGGUAAGUAAUGUGCUUGUCAAAUUUUUUGA